AUGAUCUUUUUUUGUGUUCUCAUCUUUUUAAUUCUUGCAAGUUUAAAACUUUUUUACUUUGUGAUAUGGGUUCCAUUGAGAAUUCAAAAUUUUUUCAAAAAACAAGGUGUAAAUGGCCCAAGCUAUCGUCCAUGGUAUGGAAACACAAGAGAGAUGAUACGAAUGACAAAUGAAGUUCUAUCAAAAUCAAUGCCUUUUAAUCAUGAUAUUGUGCAUCGUGUGUUGCCAGAUUAUUAUCAGUGGUCAGCUAAGUAUGGAAGAACUUUUUUAUGUUGGUUUGGGGUGAGGCCAAGGUUAGUUUUGGUAGAUCCAGAUAUGAUCAAAGAGGUGUUGUUCAGAACAAUGGAUAUCAUUGAUAGAGAUAGUUUCAAUCCUUUGACUAAGGCUCUCAUUGGAGACGGACUUCCUGGAUUGAUGGGUCACAAAUGGGCUGCUCACCGAAAGAUAGCAAACCCGGCAUUCAAUAUGGAGAAAGUGAAGGCUUGGGUUCCAGAGAUGGUAACUAGUAUAAGCAAGAUGUUGGAUAAUUGGGAAGAAAAAAUAAGACACUGCGACACAUUUGAGAUAGAUGUUCAUACAGAAUUCUAUAAUUUAGCAGCUGAAAUUUCAUCUAGAACAGCAUUUGGGAGCAUUUUCGGAAAGGGGAAACGUAUUUUUGAAUUGCAACAACAACAAAAACUACCGAGCUAUCAAGCAAUGCAGAAUGUUUAUAUACCUGGAUCUAGGUUUUUGCCUACUAAUGCGAACAAGCUGCGAUGGAAAUUGGAGAAAGAAACUCGAGACUCAAUGAGGAUGAUUAUCGAAACAUAUAAGAAAACAAGUGAUAAUUCAAAAAAUUUCUUGAGCAUUUUACUGUCUGGUAGUAACAGGAAUAAACUCGGAGGAGGCUUGGAUACUGAGGAAGUCAUUAACGAGGGCAAGACAUUAUUCUUCGGAUGGGAAGCAACAGCAAAUACAUUGACUUGGGCAAUUCUUCUUCUAGCACAACAUCAAGAAUGGCAAAACAAAGCCCGUGAAGAAGUUUUUCGAGUAUGCAAAGACAAUGAGCAACCAUGCGUAGAGAAUUUUCAAGAAUUGAAGAUUGUCAACAUGAUAAUAAAAGAAACACUGAGACUUUAUGCCCCUGAUAAUAUUAUCACAAGGCAGACUUUGAGGAAUGUCAAAAUUGGCAGUUUAAACAUUCCAGCUGGAACUGAAUUGUACAUGCCACAAACUGUUGUCCAUCAUGACACAAAGAUAUGGGGAUCAGAUGCCAACGAGUUUAAUCCUGCAAGGUUUGUUGAACCUCCAAAGCAUUUGGGCGCUUACUUUCCAUUUGGGAUAGGCUCCAGAAUUUGUAUUGGUCGGAAUUUAGCUAUGGUUGAAGCUAUAAUCAUCCUAGCUAUGAUCAUUAAACAGUUCUCCUUUGAGAUUUCACCAUCAUAUGUCCAUGCCCCAAUGAUGCUGAUCAUGGUGCAGCCUCAAUAUGGUGCUCCUGUCCUUGUUAGAAGGAUCACUAAUUGUCAAUCUUGA